UGAGUGAAAAUACUAGGACUCUCUCAUAGAUUGCUAUAUUUUGUUUGCUAGCUCAGAACAGAGAACACUAGAGUGCUGUCAUCACUGAUGACCGCUGAUCAAGUGGAAAGUCAGAUGUAACUUAGUCUUAGAUGUAUCACAGCUAACAAAAUGUAGCCGGAAAUCCACCGACAGAUAUUGGGGGGGAGCUUCAGCCUGGAGAGCCAGGGGAGCAUUAUGAGGAAUGGAGUUGACAGGUUCCUCAGGUGGACAUGGUGGUAAGGUUCCUUGACACAGUUCCUGUAAUUGGGCAAACCUUUAAAGUGGUGCUGUAUGGCGGAGGGGAGGUCAGGGGAGCACAGCCUGGUUGGGAAGGAACAUCUGCAUCCUUCUCUGUGGUCCCAAACCAUGAAUAUUGUGGGCCAGUUGGCAGAGACGGUGUUUGUGACGGUGAAGGAGCUGUACCGUGGCCUUAACCCCGCCACUCUCACAGGAGGAAUCGAUGUCAUCGUGGUGCGACAGCCUGAUGGAUCUUUCCAGUGUUCCCCCUUUCACGUCCGUUUUGGCAAGCUUGGAGUGUUGCGGUCCAAGGAGAAAAUUGUGGACAUUGAAAUAAAUGGAGAAUCAGUUGACCUACACAUGAAGCUUGGUGACAAUGGAGAAGCUUUUUUUGUGGAACAAAAUGAAAACAUGGAGGUCCCAGCCCACCUGUGCACCUCCCCAAUUCCUCUUGAGGGCCAUGAGGACUUAGAGGAGACCACUGAGGGAUCCUCUAUCAUUGCCCGCAGGAAGAAACGCCGUCGCAAACGCAUUCGCUCUGAUAACCACCUGAGAGAAGAUGCCAACUCUUCAUCAGAUGAGAGAGAAAGAGAGAGAGAGUGUGAGAGAGAAACUGAUCAGGCUCAACUGGAGAGUCCAGCUUUAGAGGAGCUUACCACACCACUGCAAGUCAGUAAAUCGGUGUAUUAUUCGCUGUCUGAGGAGCCAAGUGAAGCGAUGGGGACCACACAAACUAGAGACACUCAUCCACACUCAGACGGAGAGCCAUCAGCUUCAGAAAACAGCGUCUUCUACAGCCGACCAUCUUCUCCUAAGAGCGACUCUGAGCUUCUGGUUAAAUCCCAAGAGUCAUCUGAGCCUCAGAUACAGUGGAACUGGGGAGGUUUUCCCACGCUGUGUCAACCAGAGAAGACACCAGUGGAGCUGCAGGUCAUCUCUCAUUUGGGCAGUUCUCAUUUUCGCACCAUUGAGAGACAGGACUCCUUUGAUAUGGGCGAUGAGCCUGUGAUCAGUUGUGGAAGAGUGGGCAGUGUGACCGUGGUCAAACCACAGCCGAGGACCCAAUCCCUUGAUUUAGGAAGCCUCUCCAUACAAACUCCUCCUUUAUCCAAGGAGAAAAACUCUCAUAUUGCCCACUCUACCCCCAGUGACCUCUUCAAGUCUUGUGCAUCAUCAAUGAAUCUAGACUCAACACCGGCGCUCGAAUCCACAAUGGAGAACGAGGAGAACAGGGACUUGAUAUCUAAUUCAGUUAGCAAUGGUGCUGAUUCCUAUAGUAACAAAGAAAACACAGGAAGUGUUGAGCAUGUUAGUACUGUGACUGAUACAGUCAACCCUGGAAAUAAAGAUAGUGUGGUCAGUAUGACCAAACCAAACGGUGUACAUAAAGAGAGCAAAGACUGCACAGCCCCACAAACAAGUCCAAAAAGGACGGAUUUGUCAAAUCUGCAACAACAGGCUGCCUUGUCUGAGCAAAGUCAACAGGGCUCCACCAGUAGUGCUCCAGUCAGCGAAGGGGACAGCGGAGUAGAUCCUUGCAGUGAGGGAGGGGAAGAGGACAAUGUACCCGGUGUGACGGAUGGAUCAGCAAGAGGCUCCCUUACUGAAAAUAAAACGCCAAAAGCUGAAAUGAGAGACAUUGGGGCAAGCGUGAUGUCUGCAGAGGGGUCAGCGAACUCUUCAGAGGUGUCUUCCAAAGUGGAACAACAGGACAAGAAAAAAGGUAAACGUAAUCACCAUCUAGGACCGACAGACAUUUACUUGGAUGAUCUGACCACACUGGACCCUGAGGUGGCUGCACUUUACUUCCCCAAAAGUGAGGCAGAGGGAGCAUUUCAGCAAGGGGCAGAGCAGGGCUCCUUCUCAGGAAGCCAGUCACCUCAGUCAGUGGGCAGCGGGGCAAUGGAUAGUGGUACAGAGUAUCUGUCAGACUCCACUUCCUACAGCAUGGAUGUCAGCAUGUCCCUUUGUGGACAAGAAGGUGACACCAGCCAAAUCACCAAAGAAAAGUUUAUGGAGCACCUUGUGACAUACCAGGAUUUUACCAACAAUCCAGGAAUCAUUGAGGAUCCAAGUCUUGUCAUCUGCAUAAACUCCAACUAUUACAACUGGGCCGUGGCAGCUCCAAUGGUCUUGUCAAUGACAACUUUCCAGAAAAACCUACCCAAGAGUACCAUAGAACGGCUGGUUAAGGACAAGAUGCCCAAAAAGUCUGGACGCUGGUGGUUCUCCUGGAGACGGAGAGACAUGGACAGCCAGCAAAAACAAUCAAAGGAAGAGCAGGAGGAGCCACUGACAAAUGUUUCUUCGACAGUUAAAGCCACAUUGGAUGACAUCGACAGUGACGAAGCAGCGGGGCUCGGCCGAAAAGCCAUCAUUCCUUCCGGUCUAUCAACAGAAACCCUUAAUGCCGCUCAGUCUAUCAGCCAGAUGUACCGCAAAUCACUGCGUCUGACUUCUGAACAGAUUGAACAUCUAAACCUUCGUGAAGGUGCCAACAAGGUUGUGUUCAGUGUGACCACACAAUACCAGGGCACCUGUCGCUGUGAGGCUGCCAUCUACCUGUGGAACUGGGACGAUCGCGUGAUCAUAUCUGACAUCGACGGCACCAUCACAAAGUCUGAUGCUCUGGGUCAUAUUUUACCGCAGUUUGGAAAAGACUGGACACACAAAGGCAUCGCCAAACUCUACCACAAAAUACACCAAAAUGGAUACAAGUUCUUGUAUUGCUCAGCGCGGGCUAUAGGUAUGGCUGCUAUCACUAAAGACUACCUGCAAUGGGUCAAUGACAAAGGCACUGUCCUCCCUAAAGGCCCUGUCCUGCUGGCCCCCAGCAGCCUCUUUUCAGCUCUACACAGAGAGGUGAUUGAGAAGAAGCCGGAGGUGUUUAAAGUGGCCUGUCUCAGUGACAUCAGAGACUUGUUCAACCCACAGAGGCAGCCUUUCUAUGCAGCCUUCGGCAACAGGACUAACGAUGCUUAUGCCUAUAAGCAGGUUGGAGUAUCUGAAACCAAAAUAUUUACUGUCAACCCGAAAGGAGAGCUCAUCCAGGAGAAGACAAAAGGCAACAAGUCCUCAUACUGCCACCUGGGUGAGUUGGUGGAGCAUUUCUUCCCUGUGCUGGCUGUUGAAGGCAGGGCAUCCUUCGCUCUUGACUGUCCUGACUACAGCAGUUUCUCCUACUGGAAGGAGCCUUUGCCAGAAGUGGACCUGGAUGCACUGCUGUAGACAAACAUCCACCAAACCCACAUACACCCAAAUUAAGGCAAGCACUGCAGUGCCUCUUUAUGAGCCACUAAAUAAACUAGAACAAGGCAACUGCACUCAAAAGUUGAAUCAAAUUAUCUCAUGCUAUGCACUACAUUUUAAAAAUAAGUGUAUAAAUCAAUAUGCAAUAUUGGCUAUGACUGUUAACACCAUAUUUUGCUGUUUGUGUGUAAAAAUCCUACAGUGAACAUGGCACAACUGGACAAAUAUGCCUUUGGACUGUUUAAUGUUUAGUUACUGUAUGUACCUAUGUAAUAGUCAAUCCGAAAUAUGAUUUUUAAUGCUGUUUUUACUUUAUUAGUUAAGUAGCAAGUGGUGUCUAAAGCCUGAAAAUGCCAGAAUGUUGAGAGCACAGUUUGAAGCAAUGAUGUGACCAACUGAAACAAAUGAGGUAACACACAACUAUAAGACAAAUCUGUUAUCCUUUACUCAGUGGAGAUCAGAGAGAUUUUCUGUUAUUGGUAACAAAUAAUGACUUAAGAUUGGAGUUGUGUGAAAUGGGGGUUGAUGGUGCCAAGAAAUCAUUCAUGGUUUUAGAAUGUUUUUAAAAUGGUUUGGAUUGUUUUAGAGUCUCAUCAGUUUUGAGCAUCGUUGGUUCUGUCGAGCACUGAGGUGUUUUCAAACCACACUUGAUUCAGGUGAGUGAAAACCCUUUGGAGCUCUGGGUGGAAAUGCUAAAUUUUCGUCCUGAGGGAUGACUGAAUACAAAGUUAGUUGUUUGGUGAGUUCAAUAGAAUUAUUUUUGUUUUAAUACUUGAGGACUGAUGAAUUUGAGCAAAUGAUGAUUGUAGAGCGCGUUUCACGUCUUCCUUUUAGGUACGGCACUACCAGUUUUUAAAAUGUUUGUGCAUUACAUGAAUGAGGAAGUGCAUCAGCCUGACUAUGGCUUUUAUUCCAGGCGUGUAAACAGACUGCGAAUGUGUUUUAGCUUUGCCUUUGUAUUAUAUUGACACUGUUAUAUUUAUUACCUCUCAUCAUACAGCUGUGUGGAGAUGCAAUAAAGCUGAGGACAUUUGCUGUUACUUUUUAAACCAAAUGUAAAGAAAUAUAAAUGAAUUCCUUACUU